GCGCACCUAUAUCAAUCCCAAACACCUUCUCCACCUACCUGGUCUCUACAGUGACCCAAGAAGACAUCGUUGUAGGUGACAUAUGGGGGCAUGGGCUCCAGGACUGACUUCAUAGCAGCAAAUCUGUGCUCAAUUAGCGACUUCCAUCCAUCAGAUCCCCUCAGCCCCCUAUCAUACACCGAAAUCCUCGCUACGAUGUCAGAAUCCAUAGCCAGUCCUCAAGACGCGCCGAAAGAGCAGUCACCCCAGACGACUUCGGCUUCGCCGUCUCCCGCUUCGAAGAUACACGAGGAGUGGAAGGAUGAUUCUUUGGACGCUUUGCUGGUCAGCAGCGACGGUGUCGGAUUCUAUGUUCCGGCUUAUAAGCUACAAGCCCACAGCACUGCCUUCUGCGACAUCAUAACCGACCAUGCCAAGGGGCAGUCUUCAUCCAGCCCUUCCUCUUCAAACUCAAAAGGGGCCUCCGGCAACACCCAUCAUACUCUAGAGUUGACAGACGACUCUUUUGAGACUUCCAUUGUCGUCGCAUGGGUACUGCAAUUGAUGGAUGGCACGUUUGACGUGAAGGCUUUCGUGGAGGCCAACAAAGCCAAAACUUUGCCGAUUCUGUUGAACCUGAAGUCGUUUGCCAACAAAUGGGACUGUCGUCUGGUGCUGGAUGGUCUUGAACGCGCCAUUGUCACUAUCAGCUCUAGAAGCAGCUCUGAGCCUUUCAGUAAGCUUGAGCAAUUCGACAUCCUCAGAGUUGCGUCAAAUAUCGACCGUCCUUUCGCCGCUUAUUCGGUACUUCUUCUAUGGGACAUGCCCGAAGGAAGUGAUGGGGAAAAAAGAGAGUAUGCCCAUGAUAAUGUAAUAAUCACCAAGAGAAAGCAUUUUGCAAUCAAUACUCUCAGUAAACGCGGGUUCAACUACUUUUCUCCCGACUAUCUCUACGCUUUCUACAAGUCUUCGAAGAAGCAUGCUGCCGACCAGCGACUCCGCGCGGACGAGUUUCUCAGGCUUAUAUCUGAGUAAGCGGUUGUUUCCCGCACCAAACCUUUGAUCCAUACCUCCUGUCUACUUAGUCCCUGUACUGUAUGUGAACUGUUCAUAUACGACGACGCAUACACACUCA